AUUACUUGUGAGAAAUUUCUUCUUCUUUAGUGUUUAAACUCGCUCAAGAGGAUUAAAUUCUUGUAAUUCAUUUCAGUAUCUUGAUUAGUCUCUGAACUUGGGUUUCCUUCAAUUAUGCAUACAAGCAUUGAUUUGGGUGAGUUUUAAUCCUAUCCUUUCCUGUCUUCAGUUUUUAGGUUAGUGAAAGUUCUGAAAGCUUGAUCUGGGUUUCUGGGUUUUUGGGUUUCUUGGCAUAGUUUUAGGCUUUAGGUUUACAAGGCCGAAAGGUUGGAUUUUUGGGGCAAAACUUCUUCAAUUGCUAAGUUUGGAUCAUAGAACCUUCUGGUUACCUUUGGAAUUUGGAAAGAAGUGAAGUGGAAGGAAGUUAAUUUUGUUGUGGAUAAGGAUCUGUUCAAGCCAAGGGGAUUAGUGCUUAGGACUGGAGUUUAUGUUCAGGAAUGCUAAUGGCUUCUGAUACUGAAAUUUCACAUACAUUCACUGUAUUAGAAGGAAGUUAUAAUAACAAGGACAAUACUCCAACUUCAAACAAUGAAUUACAAGUGAAAUCAGAACCGAGUGGCAGACCUCCACGGCAUCUUUCCACUGUGAGGCAUUCUAUAAGUUCUGCUGUGCUUGUAGCGUCUGCUGAUUUGGCCCAGUGCCCUUCCAAAGGAAAACCAAGCUUUAUACCAGUAUAUCGUUCUGGAAGUUAUGCUGAGAGAGGACCCAAGCAAUACAUGGAAGAUGAACACAUCAGAAUAGACCAUUUACUUGAGCAUUUUGGUGAAACUGCGGGUUUCACUUCUUCUGGAGCUUUCUAUGGGGUUUUUGAUGGCCAUGGUGGUACAGAUGCAGCAUUAUUUGUCAGGAAUAAUAUUCUCAAGUUUAUUGUUGAGGAAUCUUGUUUCCCCCUUUGUCUAGAAAAGGCUAUCAGCAAUGCUUUUCUGAAAACUGAUUAUGCCUUUGCUGAUGAUAGUGCCCUUGAUAUAUCCUCUGGUACAACAGCACUGACUGCACUCAUAUUUGAACGAAAAAUGAUAGUUGCCAAUGCCGGGGAUUGUCGUGCUGUGUUGGGGAAACGCGGAAGAGCCAUUGAGUUGUCCAAGGACCAUAAACCAAAUAGCACAUCUGAAAGGUUUAGAAUAGAAAAACUUGGAGGAGCCAUAUACGACGGGUACCUAAAUGGCCAGCUAUCUGUUUCUCGUGCCUUAGGAGAUUGGCAUAUGAAGGGCCCGAAAGGUUCUGCCUGCCCCUUGAGUGCAGAGCCGGAGUUGCAGGAGACUAUACUAACGGAGGAUGAUGAAUUCUUAAUCAUGGGCUGUGAUGGUCUUUGGGAUGUUAUGAGUAGCCAGUAUGCUGUAACAAUGGCUAGGAAAGAAUUGAUGCUUCACAAUGAUCCCGAAAGAUGUUCAAGAGAAUUGGUUCGGGAAGCUCUCAAGCGCAACACAUGCGAUAACUUGACAGUAAUCGUGGUGUGUUUCUCCCCCGAACCUCCGCCCCGGAUAGAAGUACCUCAAACGCGAUUUAGGCGGAGUAUAUCAGCAGAAGGAUUGAAUCUUCUAAAAGGGGUGUUAGAAAACAACCCGUAACAAAAUACGGAGAUCACAAUCGUUGCAAAAGUCUUGAUGCCCAACCAGGUUCCACGUUAUGACUGUUUGGCAAGUUUCAUCAUUUAAUACAUUGUAUACUGGUAUUAUGUUGUAUCAAUUGAACUAAUGUUCCAUUCCACUUACACUUGGCUUCAUGUACAGAUUCAUCUGUAUAUAGUUUCUUGUUGAUAA